CCUCCGAGUGAAACCAGGACAAGGCAGAAGGUGUGAAGGCACGUGUAAACGGAAGCAUAUUAACGAUGGAGAAGAACGGAGAGAAAGAAGCCAUGCAGAAGUGUGUUCCCGUUUCGAGCGGACCAGAGUUUCAACGAGGAACAAUGGCUUCCGACUUAGAGCUUCGAACUUCUACCGGAAAGCAAGCUUUGAUAAGCAAAGAUUUGGAGCAAUGCUCUUCACCAACCAAAAAACCAAAAAUUGUAACCCUAACUCCGCCCAUCUCCGCCUCGAAAGGGAAAGGGAAAGGGAAAGGGAAAGUCGAUGAUGAAAUCAACAGUGAAGGUGAAGGCGCUCCCAUGGAUUCUGACCAGAAGAUCUGUGGCAUCUGUUUAUCGGAUGAUGGCAAGGCCAUCAGAGGUUGGAUUGAUAGCUGCGAUCACUACUUCUGUUUCGUGUGCAUCAUGGAGUGGUCGAAAGUUGAGUCUCGUUGUCCCAUGUGCAAACAGAGAUUCAGUAACAUUCGCCGCCCGCCGAAAGAUGGGGUUUUUAUUCGUGAACGAAUGGUUAACAUUCCCGUUCGUGACCAGGUAUACCACCCUUUUGGAAAUGCCACUACUGGACCUUCUGAUCCGUAUGCAGAAGUUAGAUGUAGUGAGUGCAAUGGUAAAGAAGAUGAAAGUAUGCUACUUCUUUGUGAUCUUUGUGACACAGCUGCUCAUACGUACUGUGUUGGCCUGGGGACAACGGUUCCUGAGGGUGAUUGGUACUGCCAUGAUUGUGCCAUUUCUAGGGAUGAGCACUCUAAUAGCGAAGUGGAAACUGAUUGUGGAGAUAGAAAAUUCUCUAUGAACUUUGAUGUGACACCGAAUAAGGCACGUGUUUCUAUUUUUGACAUUGUCCGUGAAUCCAAUAUCCCAGAGGUUGACAGAACAUCUGAAAGAAUCUCUGCUGACCCAAACCAAUUGUCACAGAGGGAUAGCAGGGCAGGAUCCAAAGUGAGGGAACCUGGUGCGCGGACCUUACAUCGAUGUCGCAACGUGCACAGCCGCAUACGGGUCUUACGUGAAAAUUGGAAUGCCUUGCGAAGAGGUUCCUUGGAUUUUUCUUCUAGUUUACGUGAUUCCUGUGGAAAAAGUAGUGUGAAAGAGAGCGGUGGAGCAGUAUGUCACAAGAGAUCAAGUCAUCUACAGUUCUCAUCUUCCAUGAGUUGUCAGCAGAUGCCUUCCCAGGAUACUGUUUCUGGUGACAUGGUCUGCGAUAAAAACCCAUAUGAUAUUGACAGAGCCUGGAAAAUGUUGGAUAUAGCAAAAUCAGUGCAACGAGCUUGUCAAGGCUCCAGCGUUAAUCAUCUGGCCUCUAGUUGUCCAUCUGCCAAUGGGCGUACGUCAAAAGAAACAGCUAAUGUGAAUUCAAGUUCUCUUGUACCAAGGAACAAGUACUUUGAAUCCAAGGAUCUGAGAAGUGCAUGGUUGAAGAAUAAUAAGGCCCACUCUCUAGACAUGGCACAAGAAAACCAUAGACCUCAGAAGUUUGCGAAGCGGAGUCCAAGCAGGGACGUGAUGGAGGAGACCUCAAAAUUUGACACUGGCUAUCCAACCACUCAUCUGUCUGUACAUUGUCGAUUGCCAUCCGCUAGGCAGCUCCAGCCAUUGAAGGUGGAUGUUUAUCAAAAAAGCAAAGGUCACAAAUCACUGAAAGUCUCACAUGGAGCCUCCUCAAACUCAAACUUGAAUAAUGUUAGAGAUGGAUCUGCAAGCUCAAUGAUCCUGGUUGACUCAUUUCCGGGAUGUUUUGAUACAUCUCAUAGAAAAGCAGAGAUCUGUGCAUCAUCUGGGUGCAAGGUAGAGCCUACCAAAGCAAAUGGGGAGCUGGAAAAGAACUCUUCUCCUGCUGAAAGUACGGGAAGAGAAGAUGCUGAUGCCAAGAGUGAGGUUCAAUCCCUGGUUAAGCUCAACUUGAAGUUGCUUACCAGAGACAAACGUUUAGGGGUUGAUGGAUUCAAGGAAGUUGCAAGGCAGGCCACCCACACCAUUUUGGCAGCGUGUGGUCUAAACCACACCAAAUCCCUUGCCCAUUCGUUCCCAAACCCAAUGUGCAGCCAUGCGUCACAGAGUCGGAAGAUUCACAUGUCUAAGUUAAUGUCUAGUUCUUGCAGAGAAUGCUUUUAUGUUUUUGUAAAAGAUGUUGUGAAUUCCAUCAUGGCUGAGAAAAUAGCAGGGUUAGGAACUUGUUAAUCUGACUUUUGAGUUUAAAUUCUUCCUAUACUUGUAAUUAUUGAAAAUAUAAAGAAGCUAAUGGUGGGUUUAUUUGUACAUUGAAUCUAGAACAAAAUAGAAAUGAUUCAUUUGAUUGUUUA